AUGGGUUUGACGAUCUCUUCAUUGUUCAAUCGCCUCUUUGGAAAGAAACAAGUUCGCAUUCUGAUGGUAGGUCUUGAUGCUGCUGGUAAGACUACUAUUCUAUACAAAUUGAAACUUGGAGAAAUUGUCACUACAAUUCCAACCAUAGGAUUCAAUGUUGAAACAGUCGAAUACAAGAACAUCUCCUUCACAGUUUGGGAUGUAGGAGGUCAAGACAAAAUUCGUCCUCUCUGGAGACAUUAUUUCCAAAAUACCCAAGGAUUAAUCUUUGUGGUUGAUUCUAAUGAUAGAGAGCGUAUCGAAGAGUCUCGUGAAGAACUUCAUAAAAUGUUGAAUGAAGAUGAACUUAGAGAUGCUACUCUCCUAGUUUUUGCUAACAAGCAGGAUCUUCCAAAUGCUAUGAAUGCUGCGGAAUUAACCGACAAGCUUGGUCUGCAUAAUCUUCGCUCUCGACAGUGGUACAUCCAAGCUACUUGUGCUACUCAGGGACAUGGAUUGUACGAAGGUUUGGAUUGGUUGUCCACUCAACUCUCUAAAGCUUAA